AACAAUAUUGCUAGAGUUCUUCAUUGAUCAUCAUCUUUGUUAAUUAAUCACUCUGUGCUUCGAUUAAUGGAUUCCGAGUUUCUUGAAAUCAGACUGGCUUUGAUUUAAUCAAGUUAGAGGCGGAAAUUCAGCAAUUUUUUUUUUAUUAUCGAAAUGGUGAAGGAUUAGGGGACCUGUCAUCUAUGGUUUCAAGAUUAAAACAAAAAAGGCCGAAUUUCCGCCACAAGUUUUAGCCUUAGGUAGUGCAGUUAGGAGAAAUAAUUGGUUGGUAAUUAGUUUACAGGAGAGAAGAGAAGGAAGCAUGGAAUCUGUAUGUGAUUUUUGUGGAGUGGCAAGGGCAGUAGUUUACUGUAAACCAGAUUCAGCAAAGCUGUGCCUGCACUGUGAUGGAUGCGUGCAUUCGGCUAAUUUUUUGUCGCGAAGGCAUCCGCGUUCGCUGCUAUGCGAUAAGUGCAGUUCACAGCCUGCAAUGGCACGGUGCUUAGAUGAAAAGAUGUCUGUUUGUCAAGGCUGUGAUUGCAGAGCAAAUGGAUGUUCAAUCUUAGGGCAUCAGCUUCGGGCGUUGAAUUGUUAUACAGGUUGUUACUCUUUGGCCGAGUUUCCGAAGAUUUGGUCAUCGGUUCUUCAGGGACCUUCUUCAGGAGCCCUUGAUUCAGGACGGGAUUCACUGAAUUCUGCGCCAAUAAAUGAGAAUUGCAUUAGUUGGUUGGAACAAGGGGAAAAUGAGGGAUCGUUUGGCUUGAUUACUGGCAAGUUGAAUGAACUAGAAUCUUGUUCCAAGCUUGAAUCCUGGAGGGGGCCGCCGAGCGUUAUCAUGCCGAAUCCUACCUACAUGCCUUGUUCUACAGAUCAAGUGCCUCUGUUGCCAGAGGUGUCAAACCUGCCGAAGCAGGGUUGUUCCAUAUUUAAGGAUAUUGGACUUUCUGAUGGUGAAGAUCUCUGUGAAGGUCUCAACAUGGAUGACAUACCAUUGGACUUCGAAAACAGUGAUGGAAUAUUUGGCUGUCCAGAAAGUCAUAACAGAUAUCCGUUUGAGGAUGUAGGAAAAGAUUGCAUGUUAAUGGAGAAAAACUUAUCAGUUACCGAGUCUAAUGGCCCUAUCGAGAAUGCUAUAGAGGUGUCAUCAUCGGGACAACAGGAUUGUGUUGCCUUCCAAUCAUCUUGUGUUUCUGGGCCUGUUAGUGCAAUACAGAACAUAAGUAGUAAUGCUAAUUGCAGCAUGUUUACAAAUCCUAGUUGCAGCAGAAACCUCCAUCUAGGAUUUCCUGCUGGUACUGGACAAGUUCAUCCAAGCAUGUCGCUUUCACUAUCCAACAUAAUUGGUGAAAGUAGUGCUGCUGAUUAUCAAGAUUGUGGAUUAUCGCCAAUAUUUCUGACUGGUGAAUCACCAUGGGAAUCACAUUUGGAUGCUAGCUCUCCACACGCAAGAGACAAGGCUAAGAUGAGAUACAACGAAAAGAAGAAGACACGAACUUUCAGAAAGCAAAUCAGAUAUGCCUCUCGUAAAGCCAGGGCUGAUACUCGAAAACGAGUAAAAGGUAGAUUUGUUAAAGCUGGGGAAGCAUAAGAUUAUGACCCUCUUCUGUCAAGCAAUUUCUGAGCCAGAUUACUGAAUCGUUAUCCCUUUCCUUACAAGUGAAUACUGAAAAUGAAAUAAAAAGGUGAUAUACUUUCCACUUCUUAUGUUGAUGCAUAAUUUUCCUUGUGUAUGAUCUCUUUUUUUUGAGGGGGAUGUUCCAAUCAAGCUGGUUUUUGGCAUGCAAUGGCAGAUCUAUAGCACUAGUAUUCCCCUGGAUUUUUUGAGUCGGACAAGCUGCUCACAUUCCUGACAAGAACUGAGCUGCCACAACCAUCACUACUUGUUAAGCUUCUUCUAUUGGAGACCCUCUUUAGGUUUUCUUCCACCUCCUCCACCAACUUGCCUUAAGGAAACACCCUUACUGGCAGUCAAUUUUGGGCGCUGUAGAUGCAUACUAUCUUCCAGUUUCUCUGUUCAAUGUAAUGAAUUUUGUUUUAGUUAAAGUUGUCUGGUUAAAAUAAAGGGAAAGUGAAUUUCAUUUCUCAGAAUAA